UCGCGGAGACGCUGCUGGUCGUUGAUGUCUGAUAAAUAUACCUCUGAGGUGUCGAGCGUAAAACCAGUGGUGGAGCAAUGAAUGGCGGAAAGGACUGUGAGGCGGGAGAUGAGAGGCAGGCCGUCCCUGUCCAGGUCCCCAUUGGCUGGCAGCGCAAGGCGGAGCAAGGAGGAGGGGUCAUAUACAUAAGUCCCAGUGGCUCGGUGCUGUCCAGCUUGGAGCAGGUGAAGACCUACCUGCUGACAGAUGGAACCUGCAAAUGCGGCCUGGAGUGCCCACUCAUCCUCCACAAGGUGUUCAACUUCGACCCCGGGGCGGCUGUCAAGCAGAGGACAGCGGAGGAUGUGAAAGCAGACGAAGAUGUCACCAAGCUCUGCAUUCACAAGAGGAAGCUUCUGGCCGUGGCCACGUUGCACCGGAGCAUGGAGACGCACCCGCCGCUCACGCUGACCAGUCCAGGGGGAGGUACGUCGUCUGUGGUCGCAGCGCAUUCCACAACUCAACGGGCAAUAAGGACUAAACCCCACGACGGUCUGCCCAACGCUGUCGGCCCGGACUGCAAGAAUCCUUUCAAGAUGAUGAUGGCAGCUGGACACCAGCAGCAGCAGCAGCGGCUGUAUCCGCCCCAGGAGAUGGGUGGAGCCCAGCAGCCAGAGCUCUACUCUGGGUACACCAGGCCUCAGAGGCUGGCCAGUGGGGAGCCAGGCCCCAAAUCCCCUUACCGGGCGGGGUACGGUAGCAUGCUGAGCCCACCUCCAUCCAGUGCUAAGCUGUACGGAGAUGGCUCGCAGUCACCCAGCACGGACACUCUGGGCAGCCCCGAGGGCUUUCAAAGGACCAAUCCUUGUGGGUUUCCAGGAGCCGGCAGUCCCGGCUCAGCCUCCAUCCACGGGAACUCGAGGACGCCUCUUUCCCCACCCAGCGUGAUGCUCCACGGCUCCCCCGCGGGCCAGCUAUCCUGCGCCAUGACAGGGAGGACUAGCACGCCCCUCUCCCCCACGGCCACUGCCAAAAGCCCUGUCAUGAACAUGAACAUGCCGCGGGGGAACUUCCCCCCUGGUAUGGAAAUGCCCCGUGCCCCCUUCCACCAUAAAACGCAGCCCCCUGUGCAUCCUGUACCUCCCCCUCCAUCCAUACCACCAUCCUGUGCCCUGCAGAAAAGGCAACUGAUGUCUGAAAAAGACCCCCUAGGCAUCCUGGACCCCAUCCCCAGCAAGCCUGUCAGCCAGUCCCCGGCCAACGCCCCCAACCCCUCCAACUUCCAGCCUAAUAUCCACUCUCAGGUACCAGUGAUGAAUGUAAACAUACCCCCACCCGCCAUCGUUCCCUUGCCAAGCAACUUACCUUUACCCACAGUGAAGCCUGGGCCUGUGGGGCAUGGCGGCCACGUUCAAAGGACUCAACAGGGCGGUCCGGCUUCCUCCAUGUCCCCCUCCCCCGUCACCUCCCCUGUCCACAUGGUUGGACCCGCCCAUGGGAGGAUGGAGACCUCCCCCCAUCGUUCACGCUCAUCCUCCACCUCCUCUGACCACGGGAACUUUGCAAUGCCCUCAGGGCACCAGGUCCCGUGUGGCACCAUGAAGGUCCCCCCUCGUUCCCCGAGGUCGGCCAUGGGGUCUCCCAGGCCGGCCAUGCCCUCCAGCCCCUCCACCAACAAAACUGACCCGCAUCACCAGUACAAAGACUCCCAGCUGCUGUCCGGGAUGGGAAACUCGAUUGGCGCCCAGCAGCACACCAACCCCAUGUACUCGCCCACCUCUUCCUCCUCCUCCUCGUCAUCCUCUAUGGCCACCCCCAGCGCUUCCCAGAAGGGCCACCCAGGACUCCUGGGGAUGCCCCUCAACCAGAUCCUCAACCAACAGAAUGCUGCUUCCUUCCCCGCCAGCAGUCUCCUGUCAGCGGCAGCCAAAGCACAGCUAGCAAAUCAAAACAAACUCAGCGCUGUUGGCAACAGCACUGCUGGCAUGGCUGGUGGUGGUGUUGGUAUGGCAGGCAUGGGGGCAGGUGGUGGAGGUAACGGAGGGGGCGGCGGGCACCCUGGCUCUAUGAGCAGCUCUCGAGGCAUGGAGGGGCACAGCACUUUAAACCCCAUGCUCCCGCCAAACUCCACCAUGCUGCUUAACACUCCUGAAGGUCAGAGCGGCCGGGCGGCGCUGAGAGACAAGCUGAUGGCGCAGCAGAGAGACCCGCUGCGCAAACGCAAGCAGUCGUCAGGCGGCGCCUCGGUAAACCACGACAACGGCAACAACAUGGUCUACAUGCUGAACAAACCGGGCAUGGGAGGACCCCACAUGCCGGGUCCCAGCGCCACCGAGCAGCUGCGGAAAGUGGGCCGACUCGGAAACCUCCCCCCGAACACCUCCAUGGCCCAGCUCCUCCAGUCCAUGAGCUGCCAGAGCUCCCACAACAUGGCGGGGAGCAGCCAUCGCCCCGGCCUCAGCCCCGGCCCGGGGUCCGGUCCUCAAGGAGCUGCGCAGCUGCACUACAGUGACACCGCAUCCAUGGUCCCCGGAGGCCCCCAGCAGAACCUCCUCACCCAGCAAAGGCUGCGGGGCCCCAGCGACCCCAUGCAGCACUGCCAGAACUUGGACACCUCCGGGGGCCACCUGGGCUCUCGUCCAGGCCAGUUCCCCGACAUGAUGGCCCAGAUGCAGGCCUCGGCCAUGAGUAACUGUGGGCCUAUGGGGCCCGGCGGUGGACUGGUCGGCCCUGACGGCAUGCCGCUGGGACGCCCCAACACUAACCCCCCACCGCUGUCCCAUUCUGGCCCCCACCCCUCACAGCAGAACCUCCUUCAUAGUAUAGGACGGACUAACAUGGUAGUGAUGCCACACGGAGGCGGAGAUGGAAGCAUCUCUGACACAGGAAACCCCUCGUCCCUCGGCUGCAGCAUGGGCGGCCUGCAGCCUCACGUCAACCCCGGCGGAGGUCAGAUGUACCAGCAGCAGGUCCACCAGGGCAUGCAGCAGAGCGUGUCCUCGCACCCGGCCUACCAGGGCCAGCAGCAGUUCUCUGACAACCCGCCGUACACAGACAGCAACGCUAACGCCGGCUCCAUGGCCUGCCUCUACCAGAACUACCAGCAGGGGAUGUUGCCACACCACCAGUUCGGAGAGGGGCAGCAGCCCCAAGGCGAGGGGCUAAGAGCAGGUACGCCUGGCUCCGACAGGGGUCCCGGCAGAGGCCCGGAGUCGGUGGACGCCAUCUACAGAGCCGUGGUGGACGCCGCCAACAAGGGCAUGCACGUUACCAUAACAACCACAGUGAGCGGGACCACACAGGCGAGCCCGGUGCCCGCUCUCAGCGCCAUGAGUGCCUUCACAGCCUCGAUAGGGGAGCCGGUCAACCUCCCCCAAGCGGUCAGCGCCGUCCUGCACGGGCACCCAGAAGUGGAGGUGUUACCGCAGCAACCCAGACCGAGGCAGGCGAGACUGGGACGAGGUCAGAAGAACAUGGAUCCGGGGAAGAGAACGCCGGACGGCCCCGAGGCCAACGACUACUUCCGUUCACCUGGACGCGGGACUCCCAGGGGGCAGUGGGACGGGGAGACGCAGCACGGCGGAGGCUUCGACGCUCACAGCAACAACAGCGCCUGGGGUGGCGAGGAGUUUCUGGAGUGCUCCACGCAGGUGAGGAGUAGUCCCUGCAUGGAGCGGCCCGCCAGCUUAGCCCCCGCCCCUCCCUGCCCCGCCGAGGGCUCCAACGACCACAGCCUGGCUAUGGCUCACGGGAAGGCUUUCCUCGAUGACGGCUAUCGCUUUAACAACUGCAGCCGGACGCCCGCCAACUACAAGGAGCGUCUGGAGCAGACGGUGGAGCGUUGCGCCCACAUUAACGGCGCCACGCCGCACUUCACCACCCGGGGUUACGGAGAAGUCCUCGGCCCCCCGCGGCAGGAGCUAACGGGGGACGACCAGUCGCCCAGCUCCUCCACCAGCCUGGAGGGACCUCUGGCCACAGCCAAAGACUACAGCCACUACAACGGCCACUUCAACGGUAUGGCCCCCAGCCCCUCGGACACAAAGAGCCUGAGCAGCGAGGAGGACCUGCGGCAGCCCGACUCUCCCUCCUCGGAGCUGCUCCACUACCGGUCCAGGCCCUUGGACAGAUGGAACAUGGGCGAGCUGGGAGUCUGGGGCCAGCUGAAGGGCUUCCCACCCUGGCCUGCCAAGCUGGCCGGGGACGAACAAGUGCACAGCGCUGCUAUGCAGCUGCGGGAGCAGGCCAAGGUCGAACCAGAGAAACUAAAAACACUAACUCAUGACUUGGAGGCACUUGACCGAGCCGCCAAAAGAGGCCUGAAACCGGGGAAACUGAAUAAUCACUUGGAAGCUGCUAUCCACGAGGCCAUGAGCGAGCUGGAUAAAAUGUCGGGCACAAGAGAUCGUCAGAUGAAGCUCCCCAAGCCUAAGAGGAGGAAGAUAUCCAGAUAACAUUGAAUGUGUCGGCCCAAGAACGUUUCCUCAAAAGCCUUUUCGGAGACUUCGUUCUGAGCUCUCUAACAGGUGCUACACACAUAUACGGACUUUAAGUGGUACAUCAUCGGAUUGUUCCAUGAUAUCAACGUUGACUUUAAAAAUGACUGACCACCACAGGACGGUGCUGGAUAAAAAACAAACAUCCAAUCACCGAUUACAGUUUUAACUGUAGAAGAAGAAGAAGAAGAUAUAAAAGAGAAAGGAAAAA